CCAGGGACGAAGACUAGUUGGCCAACCAUUUAAUUUUCCUGUGGAGUCCGGAAGCGGGUGUCCCUGUUUGUUUUGCAAAUCGGAACUUAUAAACAGGGCUCUCCUUGAGAUGUUCUCAGGGUAUCAGGAGCGGGAUGACUACGAGGACGAGUUGUACCGGGAUGAUGCGGACUCGAGUUUGUCUGACAACGACAGUGAACUGGAGUUCCAGCUUUAUUCCCAGCUGCACUACAGCACUGAGAUCCAGGAGGACCGUGAGGACUCGAGAGAGGUCCAGUCAUCAGUACCACAGACUCAAACACAGCAGAAACCCUUGCCUCAUGCUCCACCUGUAGAUUUUAUUGUGAUUGACUCUGGCACAGAUGCUAUCACAGAGUCAGACAGCUCUGAGGAAGACGACAGCGUAUGUGCUAAAAAGGGUCAAUCAUCAAAACGCUGGAACAAGAAGUUGCAGACCCAUAGCUUGCUUUCACCCUCCCUACCACAAGUUCAAGCAAGAAGUAGCUCCCCAGAUGAUGAAGUUGUGUUGGAAUCUGAUUCAGAAGACAGCUCUUCUGAAUCUGUACCUCCUUUUGUGGAGGAUCUGGAUUCGGACUCGGAUGGGCUGGAGAACUGGAUGAUUCUGGGCCGGGACAAACAGGAUGGAGAUCAGAACAUCCAGCUCAACCUCUCCUUACCAGAACAUGCAAAUGAUGAAGAGAAUGAACUGUUCUGGGCUGUAUCAGUAAAGGAUAAAGAGGCUCAGAUCUCUAAUAAAAGGUUUGGCCCGAGGCGUGUUUCAAACCGUUACUACAAUGAAAAAUCCAUCACGUGUCACAACUGCAAAAAGUCCGGCCAUCUCUCCAAAAACUGCCGUGCACCAAAGAAGGUGCCAUGCUGCUCAUUAUGUGGGCUUCAGGGACACUUUCGGAGGAACUGUCCGAACCGUUACUGUUCUAACUGCUCGCUGCCCGGCCACACCAGUGACAACUGUCUGGAGAGAGCUUACUGGCACAAACGCUGCCACCGCUGUGACAUGACCGGACACUUCUUUGACGCUUGCCCAGAAAUCUGGAGACAGUAUCACAUUACGACCACUAAGGGACGCAUCUGUCAAGCCAGCGAUCCAGAGGCCUCCAGGAAACCUGCCUACUGUUAUAACUGCUCUAAGAAAGGACACUUCGGCCAUGAAUGCACCGAGAAGAGAAUGUAUAACGGGACAUAUCCCACCCUGCCGUUUAUUUCCCGUUACGACACGAUGAAUGACACCUAUUACCGGGAAAUCCGAGUUCAAAAGCAGGCCAGAGAACUCGAGCAAGCCGGAUUGAUUUCACCGGACAGAGCUGUCGUUACAUACACCCCCCAACCGCCCAGGAAGAAACAAAAAACCAGCCACAAACAGUCUCCAUACCCAUACAACACACACAGCAACAACCAGUCCACGCGGAAGAGACGCAUCGCACACACACCCAAACACACUAACUUCAGUGUCAAGCAGAACUCGGAAACGUCAUGGAGCCACGGCAGACAAACCCCUAAGAGCAAGUUUAAACCACAAGAGCCAAGCCAGAAUAAAGCCAAAAAGAAGAAAAAGAAAACUCAAUCGAAAGGUAUUGUUUUAGAUGAAGAUGCAGACUUUCCUAGAGGUUAUAACAAGAGUAAAACAAGAGAUGUUUCAUCACCUCGGAAAGCCAAUGUGAAGCCGAAUAAGCCCUUUGGAAUGGAAAAGAACAGUAAAAAGGACAAAAUAUCGAAAAAGAAGGAGAGGAAAUGGCAAAAGAGAGAACGAAAAGCUGCAAAAGAUUCUUCCAUGUAUCCUUCCGAUGAAAACCUUUUUCUGAUUAAGCAAAGAAAGGUAUGAAGAUAUAUUUGAAAAAUGGCAAAUUGUGUGAAUGGGACGAUAAGUGAUUCAGAUGUUUCCUUUUGGUCCGUCUUCUUCCAGUCUCCAUGGCUUUGUAUAUAGUAUUACGGCAUUUUAGGUUGCUUGGAAGGAAAAUUUGAUGCAAAUCAGAACAUCUCACCCAAAUACAGGCUGCACUAUUUAAUGAUUGGCAUUAAAAAGAGCAUAAUUUUGGGAAAGAUUUAAUGUUUAUCAAAUUUGUGAAUUUUAAAAGCGGGUGUCCUGCUUGUACUUGACAAGUGUAUAGAGUUUUCAAUUUUGUGUACAUGCUAACUUCUGUAACAUUGUGAUUAAAGUCUGUUUGUGUUGA